CAGCAUCCUGACCAACCAUCAGACCGGAUUACCCUGUUUUGUGAAGGCGGCCGACCUGCUGAAGUUGAUAUUUAAUAUGCACACAAAGCGAUCCGCGUCACUGGCCGCUGAUCAGCACCGGAUGGGGACAUUUGCUUGCAUUUCGAGGUUGGGAAAGAAUACUUCAAACCUGAAAAACCUCAAAAUACAAAUGGCUCUAGGAGUCUCCCUCUCGCUCAACACAUAAAAGCCACAGUUGUUCAUAUUUUUGUUGAGGUCAUAUUUAGGACGUUGCUCAGGGGAUUGUUGUGGGAGGGUGUUAUCUAAGCCUCAGUGCUCUUCGCUGGGGAAGGAAGCAGAGGGAAAGCCUAGGAAGUCCCUGGAGAAGAUCGCAAAAAGAAAACAGCCUGUAGCUGGCAGGCCAGCGCUUACAUAACUAACAGGCACGGUUCUCCACUAACAUCACGGAACAAGGAGCCCAGUGGGGGAACUGAGGUGUUCUGUGUUGCUGCCUGCUAGUUGGGAUAAUAUCUGUUCACACGUAACCCCCAGCGUGCUUUCUCAGCGUUUUAUUUACAUGGAUGCUAAUGGAUGUUCUGCUGGAUUCUCCCUCAGACGUUUUGGAAAGACCCGCAGCAUCACCUGUUGCUUUCUGUUGUCCAAAUCCAUCCGUGGUGCAGCUGGCAGGUAAGGUGGUUUGAAUCAGCCACCGGCAGGGCUCAGGGAUGCCCCGACACAGGAAAACCAGGCUACUCCACUGGCCCGCUUACAGACUGUUGUUUCUAACACGAGUCCUGGACUGAAAGCUUCUGUACCAGAGAGCGAGCGAGAGGUUGUCAUUUUUUUUAUUUACAAGACAUUUUCUAACACUGCUGCUGAUCUCCGGGUGCUUCAAACUCUAAAUUUAAGAGAAUCUCCCUACAUUUUGCUAGCACGGCUCCAAACAGCCCGUCUCCAUUUCAGGUCUUAACCUGCACUGUUUUCUAAUUUGAAGAAAGUCACAGAGGAGGGAAAAUAAAAAGCCAAGUCGGAUUAUCAUCCCAGAAUUCUUUCAAGCUCUCCUCUGCAUUUUCCCUUUUUGUUUUUUUCAGCCUCAAUUCAUUUUUUUUGCUGUUACAAGUCCAUCUCCUACCAAAACAGGUCUACCUCUGUCAACUCUCGCACCUCACUAACCUCCCAUUCAUAAACCACUCAAAUAAAACUGGACCAGUUCACAUCAGGUGCAAGGUUAAUCAGUUUGGCUGGAGUUCUCCGUUUGCCGGGACCGAGAGAGCGCCACACCACCUCAAAACUAAACGUUUUUAUUUAAUCAUUCCCACGAUUUUCACCGAGCCUUUAUUCACUUACAGAAUUUCUCCUUUUAUACUGAUAUUACUCUAGAGACAUGUAAGACAUUUUUUUUCUUGGCUAGUAGUUGUAACUGAUUGAGAUGUUGGGUAGAACAGAGUCAAUCCAGUAUCAUUUAUCUCAAGCUCUGUAAAAGAUAGCUGUCUGGACACCUCUCCUCUUUACAAUCUGUGGCUGGUUUGUUGAUCCUGCCUUGCCGCCUGGGUUUUUUUUUGGCCGAGAGGAAAACACUGGCUUUUACAGCCGAGCAACUUGUAAGCUCCUUUUAAUCUCUCUCACACACAGGAGAUCAGGAUUGACCUAAGAACCUAAGAGAAGAGUUUGCUCCUCCUCCCAUCUUGGUGGGAAACGUAAAGAGGAAGCCCUCAACUAUCUUUUUUUUUGUAUCUCUCACACCUAAAUGAACACAUAACUCUGAAUGACGAAGUCCGUCGCAUAGCAGCUGCUGACCAGACACGCACAUCUAACACAAGAAGUGAUGCCAGGUGGCAGCAGUAAGAGUGGAGGGCGGGGUCCAUCCUCGUCACCCCUUCCCCACGGCGCCGUCCCGCCCAGCAGACCCCUGCGACCCUCCCGCUAUGUCCCGGUGUCGGCGGCCACUUUCUUCCUUGUUGGCUCCACCACGCUCUUCUUCUGCUUCACGUGUCCGUGGCUUUCAGAGCGUUUCUCAGUGGCCGUGCCCAUCUACAAUGGAGUCAUCUUCCUGUUUGUUUUGGCUAACUUCUGUAUGGCCACAUUCAUGGACCCCGGCAUCUUCCCGAGAGCCGAGGAGGACGAGGACAAAGAGGAUGACUUCCGUGCUCCCCUCUACAAGACCGUGGAGAUCAGAGGGAUCCAGGUCAGGAUGAAGUGGUGUUCAACCUACCGCUUUUACCGGCCACCGCGGUGCUCCCAUUGCUCCGUCUGUGACAACUGUGUCGAGGACUUCGACCACCACUGUCCGUGGGUGAACAACUGCAUCGGCAGGAGGAACUACCGCUACUUCUUCCUCUUCCUCCUGUCCCUGACAGCUCACAUCAUGGCUGUGUUUGGCUUUGGCCUGCUCUUUAUCCUCUACCAUCGCCAGAACAUCGACCGCCUGCACGCCAUCGUCACGCUGGCUGUAAUGUGUGUCGCAGGCCUGUUCUUCAUCCCUGUUGCUGGCCUCACUGGUUUCCACAUUGUGCUUGUGGCCAGAGGCAGGACUACCAAUGAACAGGUGACAGGGAAGUUCAGAGGAGGUGUUAACCCCUUCACCAAUGGCUGUUGGAAAAAUGUCUCUCAUGUCCUCUGCAGCUCACUAGCACCCAGGUAUCUGGGCAGAAAGAAGUGUGUGCAGAGUGUGUGUGUGCAGCCUCCGUUUCUGCGGCCACAGCUGACAGAGGCCCAGCUGGCUGCAAAGAUCCUGGACAACGGCAUUCAGGGAGAACUGCACAGGUCCAAGUCCAGUCUGGAGAUGAUGGAGAGCCAGUCAUGUGACGCCGAGCCUCCUCCCCCUCCUAAACCAGAGCUCCGCUACCCUGGGAUCUCCAGAGGAAACACAGAGGAGUGCAGUCUACUGAACAAAGCCCCUCCCACCCCCACCAUGUACAAAUACAGGCCCACCUACAGCCCUGGCAAGAACCACACAGCGCUCACACAUGCUUAUGCCAACCAGUUAAGUCGAGGGGAGAGUGUCGGCAGUGCCAGGGACUCCUCCUCCUCCACCUCCUCCCUCCUCCAGGCCAGCCAGCAGCCCGGUUUCCGCUCGCAGCCCAGCCUGGAUAGGAGGGACACGUCAGCUGACAGAGGAGGGGGGGAGAGGAGGGAGGGAGGAAGAGAGGCGGGAGGAGGGGGCAUCCCCGGCUACUCGCUUGGCGGACGCUCGUAUCCCUCCUUCUCCGACCCCACCGUCCUAUCGGGAGUGGCGUCGCGAUCUUCCAGCUCCACGCACACCUCAGCGGGCGCCGCCCAAGUCUCCGAGGCUACCACCACCUCGACCAGCUUCAAGAGCUUAGCCAAUCAGACGCCCCCGCCUCAUCACCCGUCCCGCAACGGGAGCCUGUCGUACGACAGCUUACUGGCAGGCGGUGACGAUUUCGACAAAGGAGUGGUGGCGGGUUCGGCGGCCCCUGAGGUUUCCUCUGGGAGACCCUGCACGCCGGCAGCAGGCGGCUACAGCUCCCCCUUUCUGUUGUCACAACAGAGAAUUGCUGAGAUGCACUCCCAGUCCUCCCAGUCCUCCCAGUCGCCCCUUCACCACCACCGCUCCUCCCACCCCCACCACCACCACCACCACCCCCACCCCUUCCUCCAUCGCUCCUCUUCCUCCACAUCCUCCUCCCCGCCGCCUCCUCCAGAGAGGGAGCGACUGCUGGGCGAGCCCCACGCCGGCGUUCUCCCCCCGCCUGCCAAUCAGGCCUCGGUCCCCCCCCCCUCCUCGGCCCCGCCUCCCCCACACCAUCACCACCACCACCACCACCACCACUCCCAUCACCACCACCACUCCUCCUCCUCUUCCUCUACUUCCCGCCCUCCCCGCUUCGCUGCCCCUCACGCACCACCCCACCACGCUUAUCCCUUCCGCACCCGCUCCACUGACACCCCUCUGGGCUCCUCCUCCACGACCCACCCACCCCGCUCCCCGCACCCUCCGCCUCUGGGAAAGUCGCUCUCUUAUUCGAGCGCCGCCGCCGCUGAAAUGCAGUAUCGGCUGGUCCGAAAGGCGUCUGCGUCAGCUGGAGCGAACGCGGCGGGGGUAGGAGGAGGAGGAGAAAGUGGAGGAAUGGGAGGAGGAGGAGGAGGAGGAAUACAAGCGCCGAAGGAUGAGCUGAUCCAGAUGAAACCUCUCGGUCGGACCAAUGGCGGCAAGCCCUUCUCCUCCACCUCCUCCUCCUGCUCCGCCCCUUCCUCUCCCUCUCACCCAGUCAGCGUGUCCGCCCGCCCCGGAGCGGCCUAUCCUAACUCGCCGUUGAUGCGGAGUCCCGCCCAUAAGCCCCAGGGUGGCGCGGUAAAGAAGGUGACUGGCGUCGGAGGCACGACCUACGAGAUUUCUGUGUGAGUAGCAGCUUGUCUUGGACCACUGUGACGACGAGGAAAUACUGCCCUCUUUCUGCUUUCCUGGGACAGAUUUGGACGAUACAAGGAGCUGCUGUAGACCCGGACAUCUGAGGAGGGACUGGACCAUUUUGUCUGGGUCUUGCUCCUGAUUGGCUCACUGCCUGUGCAGCUAAACGGCACAGGGCUGUCCUGCUUCCAGACAUCCACCUCAGUAACUGCUGGGAAAAUGACUGACGUAGGUACCGGGACAGAGAAGAACAUUUGUUGGGAUUUCACCGGUGCAAACAAACAAGAUUUGCCUCCUGGUUUCUGUGGGUUUCCUCCUCGCUGUAGCUCGGGAGGUGGCGCAGGCCUCUUAACUGGUCUGGGUGUUACUUUAGAAAAGUAUAGCAGCGCAAGGCACUGCCACUGCCAGGGGGAGGAGUCUGAUCCCCACCAGAGGGGUGGAUUAGGGUUUGACCGCUGUAGGUAUCAGCACUUUGGGACUGAAGCUGCAUUUAAGGUCAAAUCGACGCAGAUGUGAUAUUUAGAAGAUCAGCGAACACGUUGGUGCGGUCUGUUGAAACCCGGAAAGAUUCAUUCAAAGUUAAGGGCUUCCCAUAGACAACCAGUUCAGUGUUGAUCAAGUGAUAGCUAGUUGUCAGUUAAACCCUACUUUUUAACACCAGCAUCCACCCAAACGGAGCGUGGUGCGGUUGCGUUGGACCAAGCGUUCCCAGGCGACGCCGCUCUCCUCGAGGCCGCCGCCUCGUUCGCAGCCGACAGGAGGUCACAAAAAUCAGGCAGUCGGAGGGAUCUGUCACGGACCCGAGAGACCACAGCGGGACCCCGGCGCUGUCGAUCGAUCCACGUCGCCGUGUGAACUGACUUUAGGGAAGAAAUACGACAGUGAGAAAAAACCACAAUGCUGAUUCGCCUUUUAACUCGUUGAUUUCUUCCUAGAUGUGAAUAUGUUUGUACAGGACGAUGUGAUUUCAAAUGUGGAUGUCUUUUUCUUUAUCUUCAUUUUUUAGAGUGGCAUUUUUACCGGACUGCAGCAUGCACUACUCUUACCAGCCACUGUAGGCCGCCGUGUUUGGCUGUGGACCAUGUCGUCUGUUUGAACAAACAGGAAGUGGGAAAGUAAAUGAUAAUCAUGGUUUGGCCUUUGGUUGUUAACGGGUUCCUUAAGACGAGGCACGUACUUCUAGAAAAUGUUUUCCUUGAGCAGUUGCCUUGAAAUUUCAAGUGUUUUUUUUUAUGUCACCUAUUUAAUUUGAAAUUGUUUUAUAUGGAUUUAUAUGAAAAUACAGCUAUUGAUAAAUGAAGAGUUUUUAGUAUCGACUCAAAAGAGGGGUCGUGUUGUCAGUUUCAGAUUUAUGAUGAGAGGGCCCUUCCAGUUGGUUUUGGUUGAAGCUCCUCAGUUGAUCCUCUGUGAAAGAAUCUCAGCUCCAAUUUCUUAAAUGUUCUAUUCUGGGGAAAGAAAACAAACAAAAAAAAAACAGGGCCGCAAACUCUCUCAGACACGGACGUCUUAUUUAAAAUACCGUGUCCUAAUAUUCAGACUGUAGACCAGAUUCCUGAAAUUCCAUCUGGUCUCCAAAUUAAUGUAAAUUUAACUUCAUUUGUGAAUGAAGGUGCUCGAUGCAAAUCAAAGAAAUGACCAAUGUGUGUAUUGUACAGCUUAAUGUGUGUGUGAGUGUGUUUGUGGAUGGGUGGAUGUGGUGCAGGACCGUGAAAUUGAUAAUAAACUUAAAACAAAGAGGUGAA